UAGUCACUAUAGGUCUAUAACUGAAACUGUGAAAUACCCUCUCUCUCAAAGACUCAAAUUUUGGGAAUUUUAAAAGAGUCUUUUGACCACAGGCUGUUAUGGGCUUAAGAAAAAGUACAGCCCCCACCAAUCCAGGUCUUUUUUAAUAUGCUCGUGCUUGAAAUUUCUUUGGUGUCAGAGAAAAAAAAACAAGACACUAUGCUCUCUAUCUGAGAGAGAGAGGUUUGUUUAUAAUGUUGGAAAUGGUGAAGAAGUGAGAAGUAGAACUAAAGAUUGGUUAUUUUCUUUGAACGGUUUCUACUGUUUUGUAUGGACAUGAAGGAAAUAGAUUCAGUUCCAUGGACAAAACAUAGAAACAAACCGUUUUGUGUAAUCCAUCACACAACAGGACAACAACACCAAUGCAUACAAACACAAAUUGUUGCACCAAAACAAACAACAGCACAACAACAACGUUCCUCAAAUGAACUUAUUGCUUCACAUUCUCCUACUUCCCACAAAACUCACUCUUCAAUCAUUCCCAUGCUUCUUGUUGCUUUCCUUCUUGUAGUUUCCUUGGUUAGCCCUGCUUUAUCAGAUUCCGGUCACUCUUUACCGGCCAACCAAACUUUUCACCCGGCUUCACAGUUGAACAAGCUGAAGAGGGUCACAGAUUAUCUCACCAAGAUCAACAAGCCUGCUGUGAAGACAAUUCAGAGCCCUGAUGGUGAUGUUAUAGACUGUGUUCCUUCUCAUCUCCAACCAGCUUUUGAUCAUCCUGACCUUAAAGGACAGAAACCAUUGGAUUCACCAGAGAGACCAAAAGGCCUUAACACAACAGAUACAGUGGCAAAGAGCUUUCAGCUAUGGGCAGAAUCUGGUGAAUCAUGUCCAGAGGGUACUGUUCCAAUUAGAAGAACUACAGAAAAAGAUGUUCUAAGAGCAAUUUCCAUUGACAGAUAUGGAAGAAAACCAGUAAGACAUGUGAGGAGAGACUCUUCAGGAAGUGGUCAUGAGCAUGCAGUUCUAUUUGUAAAUGGAGAUCAAUAUUAUGGAGCAAAGGCCGGCAUAAACGUGUGGGCACCUCAAGUAACCGAUCAAUAUGAAUUCAGCUUGUCACAAAUUUGGGUCAUUUCUGGUUCGUUUGGCCAUGAUCUAAAUACCAUUGAAGCUGGUUGGCAGGUUAGCCCAGAUCUGUAUGGUGACAAGAAUCCUAGGUUCUUCACUUAUUGGACAACUGAUGCAUAUCAAGCAACUGGAUGCUACAAUUUACUGUGCUCAGGCUUUGUCCAAACCAACAACAGGGUUGCUAUUGGAGCAGCAAUCUCUCCAAAGUCCUACUACAAUGGUAGACAGUUUGAUAUUGGCUUAAUGGUUUGGAAGGACCCAAAGCAUGGACAUUGGUGGUUGGAAUUUGGAUCAGGACUACUGGUUGGUUAUUGGCCAGCAUUCUUGUUUAGUCACUUAAGAACUCAUGCUAGCAUGGUACAAUUUGGAGGAGAGAUUGUAAAUUCUAGAUCAUCGGGUUAUCACACAGCUACUCAAAUGGGUAGUGGCCAUUUUGCUGAAGAAGGAUUUAGAAAAGCUUCUUAUUUCAGAAAUUUGCAAGUUGUUGAUUGGGAUAAUAACUUGCUUCCUCUAACAAAUCUUCAUCUCUUGGCUGAUCAUCCAAAUUGUUAUGAUAUAAAACAAGGGAGAAAUAAUGUUUGGGGAACUUACUUUUAUUAUGGAGGUCCUGGAAGGAAUGUAAAAUGUCCAUGAAGAAAGAAAAAAGAAAAGCACAGGAUAUAGAGAGUAGCCUAUAUAUUUUUUUCUCUAUUUUUUUUUUUUCGUUUUUUUUUUCAAAUAUGAGUUUUUAGAUUGCAUCUUAGCCUUACAUUGGUUUGGGUGUCAUAAAAAUUUUCCCACAAAAUUCCAUUUUUACUAACGAGUUACUAUUAUUCAUCCCACCUUUGGGAGUAUGUAAAUUUGUGGAAAUACAGAUUAUCAAUAACAAUUGAGUUGUGUGA